AUGCAAUUCACACCACCUGGAACUUUUCUCUUCUGUCACUCAUCAAAUUACGUCAUUCAGCAACAAGAUGGUGGCAAUAAAUUACUUCACAUUGAUGAGAAUCAAAAUAUUUUACAAGAAUGGACAAUAACAGAAGGACAAGGUUAUGCAUCAUUCCACAUGGACACAGAAAGCCAUUUAUUAGAUUCCACAUGUGUCCAGGGAAUAAUAGUUUCCGAUAACAAGUUAUUCCUUUUCAAAGAUCAAAAAAUUGAAAAUAUUGACAUUGGCAAUGAACAGGUUUUUUAUUGUGUUGGAAUAUUUGAUGGACAUGCUCUUCUUGGUACGCCAACCAGAUCUGAUUUUCUAUUAGUUGAUUUUACAUCAAGGAAAUUCGAAACUAAAAAGAUUGUACUUGAUAAGGAUCUUCGUGAGAAACUUACGUGUUUUAUUCCAUGUGAAAAUGUUCAAAGCUGCAGAAAGUAUGCAGUGUGUGGCUUGUAUUAUCAACAAUUCUUUUAUUUAUUCGAAAGGGAAAAGAGAGAAUUUGAAAAGUUUAUUAUUAAUGAUACUUCAAUGUUUUGCAGUGUAAUUUCCAAUGGUUUUACAAGUCAUAAAUUCAUUCCAUAUAAGCAAGAUAAGACAAUACAGGCAAUGGUUUGUGGUGAUAGAAGAUUGGUAGAAAUUAUAUUCGAUUCGAAUAAUCAAUUAAGCGUCAUUGAUCAUUUACCAUGGCAAAGUGACAUUAAUUAUAUUGGACUUUCAGAAAAAUAUGGAAUUAUCCUAUUCUGCAAUUCUCAAAUUCUGAGUUAUAAACCAGCUCCUAAAAACUCUCCAAUAGAAAGUGGCAAAAUUCAAUGCAUUUUGGAGAAGAAUUCUUUCUAUCCAAGAGAAGAAAUUAUUGGAUGGAGUGAAAAAUCAAAUUCUAUAUUGGCUUUCAAAGGUUUAGAUUGUAAUGCUAUUCAUAUUGAUGAUAAUGCAGUCAAACAAAUUCCUUACUGGACUAGAGAGGAAAUUAAUCGAGAAUUCUCAUUUAAAACCUAUCAAUUGGGGAAGGAACAUCCAAGCAUUACUAUUCAAAGUAAGGAUGAGUUGAAAAAACACUUUCCUUCAUUUAGAGGAGAAUACAUUCAUGCUAUUGAUCAAUCAGAAAAACUCUCAAAAUUUCACAUCACUCGAGGAAUCAAUUGCAAGACCAAAUAUCCAAAAUUAUGCAGUGAAAAUUAUAUAGAAAUGACAAGUGUGAAAGAGUUUUCUAAUUACUUGGGUGCACCACUCUAUACAGGUUCAGAUGACUAUGGGUUCGUAUAUGAUAUUGAAGAUGGUUGCUUGAAAUAUGGAAUGUGGAGAGAAAGAUCAAAAGGAACAUCUUUUAUUGGACGAAAGACAGAUCAUGCCUUUGGUAUUUUAGAACCAAAAAAAUCCAAUAUAGAAUCUGAAGAAGAGCCAAAGGUUGACUUGAAUGAAGAUUGGUUAUGUAUGAUGGAAAGUAAUGAAAUUCAAGUAGAUUCUGGAAAGUUAAAAGUUAUUGAUUUCACAACUGAUAGAGAGGACGAAAGUGCCUUAAUUGAAAAUGUUAAAAAUGGUGUCUGGACAGCAACUCAAUUGAAUCCACGUUUACCAAAACAAAUUUUACUCUACAACAAUGAAUAUGCAAAAGAUCAUCCAGAAAUUGAGAAGGAUUGGGAAACUCCUGGAAAUAUCUUUGACUCUGAUUUUGACCUUUUCAAUCAGGAAAUUCGUCAUGGAUGGCAUGUCUCAAAUAUUAUUGGAAUUGAUCAUGGAGUUGGAAUUAUUGAUGGUGAUAAAUUCGAAGAUGCAUCUCUUUUCAAGAAUACGAAACAAGAAAGUAUGGAUUGGUAUGAGGUAGUGAAUGGAAUUUUGAACGAAUCAUCUGAUAAGCAAUUAAUACUAUUCCCGUAUGGAUUAUUUUCAAUGUGUGGAAAUGGUGAUGGAGCUUAUCCAUGUCUGUACAAGAUUCAUCAAGGAGAGGUUGUUGCUGUUAAAGUUGCCUUUUCGAAUUACAAACCUCCAAGAGUUAGAUAA